GCUAGCGGGAAGACAGAGCUCGCAGGAAAACACAGGUGGCAAGAGCAGAGCAGAAGGCAGAUCCUCUCGGCAGCCGGCCAGGUUUGGGGCCCCAGGUCUGUGCACCGCCAGGCUCAAGUCGCCUGCGGGAACCUGCGUGGUCUGGAACCUAUGGUUCAGCCAGGUGCGCAGGCAGCAGCCCCGGGUCCGGAGUGCACGUGGCAACAGGUGCAUCUCGGACCAGAGCGGACGCGGAGGGCGUGGGGCGCGUAGGUACUUAGCCCCGGAGCGCGCGCGGCAUUGGGAUCCCAACCCGGGAGCGCGAGAGGAGGGAGCCUACAGGCCAGCAGAGUUCGCCAACCUGCCGAGCUGAGCGGAGCGCAGCGCAGCGGUAGCCUCCGGGGUUGGCGUCCCGAGGCAACAACAAACAAUUUUAAUGUCAAAGCAUCUUGGACUAAGACACUUCCAACUGUGCUGAAAAACUUAGGAGAUGGACAGAUUUUCCUUCCUUCUUACUUGAAAGGAAUUAAAGAAGAAACAAAGUGGCAGAGGUUUAAAGUUAAUAUCCAGGAUGAAUGAUGAUAAUUCAGAUGACAAGACCGAAGACAAACUGCAGUCCUUAUAUAUUGGUGAUGGAAAUGGCAACACAUACGCAUACAACCAAAAAUCACCACCUACCCAAAACUCUUCAACCAAUAAUGUGAGCUGGAAUUCUGCCAACCCAGAUGAUAUGGUGGUUGAUUAUGAAACCAGCUCUGCUGUGGACAUUGGUGAAACGAUUUCUUUAAACCCUCAGAGUGUUGACGUACUUGAUCACCAAAAGUCUUCAAAUGAUUUCCUCAGUAAGGAGACAUUAGACAUAUAUAAGGGUUCUGCAUGUCAGUCUUUUGCAUGUGUUAGAAAUUCUGAGGAACCCAAAUAUUUGCAUAACAGUUGUCAUUCCCUAGAAUCAUUUCAGGACCAGAGUGUUGAGACAUCUCUGCCUUUUGCGUGGAAACGUAACAAGGAUGAUUUGACCUUGUGUAGAGUCACUGCAGAUGACUCUAGCGCCUUGGCGCUAAAUCAGACCUUUGACAUGAAAAUGGAUAACAUUCAUGAUACCUUUGUAGUACAUCCCAACAUCGAAAAGAGUCAGGCUUUGCCAACCGGCACGAGAAAUGGAAAUACAUCUCUAUCCUGUUCCCUUCCUACAUUCUCCCAUGCUGAUGAGAUACAUGUGAGAGAAACACAUUGUGAUAAAGACUGCUUUGAAAACCCUCAAGCCAGAGCCUCAGAGUCCCAAGACACAAGUUACACAGCAUUUUCUGAGGUGGUGAUGCAAACUGAUGUUGUUGUUCCAGAUAUUGGAAGUGAGUGUCACUGUUCUUCAGAAAAGGUCACCAGUGAAUACCCAGAUGGGGCACAGCAAAGACUAGGCAGAGAAAAAGAGAUACAAGCUCUAACACCAGUUUCUGAUGGCAUGGAUGUCUCCAGUGGGUCUGUAUUACAAGAGUUCUUUUGUUCAUCUAAAGAUGAACCAAAGAGUGAGAUGCAUUCAUGGAGCUCAUACGGGCAAAAGGAAAUGGGCCAAAAUCUAAGAGAAACAGUGUCUAAUUGUCUUAUAGAUGAUGAAUGCUCUUUACUGGUGCCAACUUUUGACAAUAGCACAACCCAAGUGCUAGACCCAGAACAUCAAGUCACUGUGGCUAAAGACACACCAGUUGCCUCCAAUGGAAAGGAUUCGGGAACCCAAAAUCAUACCAUAGAAUGGGUACUAAAUGGAAGCAUGGCAGGGCAAAAGGUGGCUUCAUCAUUUGAACUGAGUUGGGAUACAGAUAAUAUGGCCAUUGGUACAAAUAACCUAAUUGGAAUGUCCACACCAAUCCUCGAACCCACAAAGGCAAGCUUUUCUAUUUCACCCAUUGACCUGACGGAUAAAUGUAGUAAAAUUCCGAAGAGUAAUCGAGAGCUUAGAAAUUUACCAAACUUGAAGGGGGCACAGAUGAACAUGUCUAAACCUACUCUAGGAAAAUCAACAACCAAAACAAAUACCCCUGUAGGCAGCAAAGUUAGAAGCACUGAAAUUAUAAGUUACCCAAGACCAAACUUCAAGAAUGUUAAAGCGAAAGUUAUAUCCAGACGAGUGUUACAGCCCAAGGACCCUGCUCUGUCAGAGGCCAUCCCCACAUCUCAGUUGACCGGUACCUCAUUGCCCUCAUCAGUGUCUUCCUCAAGACAGGUGACGGUUUUGAACAAAACACCAACAUCUGACUUGAAUGCAGAGCCAAAAGCAGAGAUCCUAAUUAAUAAGACACACAAGCAGCAAUUUAAUAAACUCAUCACGAGCCAGGCUGUGCAUGUUACAACUCAUUCUAAAAAUGCUUCACACAAGCUUCCAAGAGCAACAUCUGCCAUGAAAUCAAAUCAAGAAGAUGUUGACAAAGCAAGUUCUUCUAACUCAGCAUGUGAAAGUGGGCCCGUGGCUGCCUUUUUUCAGAAGAUCAAAGGUGAACUCCCUGUUAAAAUGGAAAGUACAGAAUGUGUGGAAAUGACCUAUACUUCCAACAUCGAUGGGAUUAGCCCUGAAAAGAAGGGUGAAAAAGAAAAUGGGACACUGAUGGCAAAACAACAGCUGAAAAAGGAGAUUAUGAAUGAGACCUUUGACUGCGGUUCUCUGUUUUUGGGUUCUGCUCCCAAAAGGGCAACCAUCUCAGGUAGGAAUAUAACCAAGCCCAACUCCUCCAUCUUGAGGAAAAUACCUGUUCCGAAAGCAAAAGUGGGGCCUUCUAUUUCCUGUUGGAGGCGGAACAGUGACAGCAGAAAUCUCAACUCUGAUCGCACCCUAUCUCCCCAGAGGAUCAGGCUUGUGCCCAGUUCUGCUGGUAAUGCCACUGUCGUCAAGUUUGAGGAGAAACCUCCAAAACCAGCAUUUCAAAACGGUACCUCAGGAUCCUUGUAUUUGAAGCCUUUAGUACCCCGAGCUCAUGCACACUUACUAAAAACUCCUUCAAAAGGUCCUUCAAGAAAAAGUCUAUUUACAGCUUUUAAUGGAGUUGAGAAGGGCAGGCAAAAGAAUGCCAGAAGUUUAUGUAUCCAGACCCAGACCUCUCCAGAUGUGCUGUCCUCGGAAAAAACACUCGAGUUGGCACAGUUUAAGACAAAAUGCGAGAAGCAAAGUGGAUGUAUCCUGCAGCUCAAGCAGCUGCUCUCCUGCGGCAACGCCAAGUUUGAAGCAUUAACGGUUGUGAUUCAGCACCUCCUCUCCGAGCGGGAGGAAGCACUGAAACAACACAAAGCCCUGUCUCAAGAACUUGUUAACCUCCGGGGAGAGCUAGUCACUGCUUCAACCACCUGUGAGAAGUUAGAAAAAGCUAGGAAUGAGUUGCAAAUUGCUUAUGAAGGAUUUGUCCAGAAGCUCAACCAGCAGCACCAGACUGAUCUAACAGAACUGGAGAAUCGGCUGAAGGAAUUUUACACCGGGGAGUGUGAAAAGCUUCAGAAUAUCUACAUUGAAGAGGCAGAGAAGUAUAAAACUCAAUUGCAGGAGCAGUUUGACAACUUAAAUGCUGCCCAUGAAACCUCUAAGCUGGAAAUUGAAGCGAGCCACUCAGAGAAAAUAGAAUUGCUAAAGAAGGCCUAUGAGACCUCCCUUUCAGAAAUCAAGAAAAGCCAUGAAAUGGAAAAGAAGUCACUUGAGGAUGUGCUUUAUGAGAAGCAGGAAUCACUAGAGAAACAAAUCGAUGAUCUGAAGACUGAAAAUGAUGCUUUAAAUGAAAAGCUGAAAUCAGAAGAACAAAAAAGAGUAUCAAGAGAGAAAGCAGAUUCAAAAAGCCCUCAGAUCAUGUACCUGGAGCAAGAGUUAGAAAGCCUGAAAGCUGUGCUAGAGAUCAAGAAUGAGAAACUGCAUCAGCAGGACAUCAAGUUAAUGAAAAUGGAGAAACUGGUGGACAACAACACAGCAUUGGUGGACAAACUGAAGCGAUUCCAACAGGAGAAUGAAGAGUUAAAAGCUCGGAUGGACAAGCACAUGGCAAUUUCAAGGCAACUUUCCACAGAGCAGGCUGUCCUGCAGGAGUCACUUGAGAAGGAAUCCAAAGUCAACAAGCGGCUUUCCAUGGAGAACGAGGAGCUGCUGUGGAAGCUGCACAACGGGGACCUGUGCAGCCCCAAGAGGUCUCCCACGUCCCCUGCCAUCCCCUUCCUCCCGAGGAACUCCGGCUCCUUCCCCAGCCCCAGCAUCUCACCCAGAUGACCCUCCUGGGAGUCGGGAGACAGACUGACCGCAGUUCUGCAGGGCUGACCCCACCCGCAGCCGCGGAGCCACCUUCACCCACACGCAUCGCCCGCGGUAGAACUGGAAAGUCACGGCCAGACCGGCGCCUUCUGAGAACCGA